AUGCCCACUUCCUUCCUCACUCGCGCUGCAUGUAAACGAGUAACUACAUGGAAUUUUACCAAUGCCACUGUCGGCGCUUGGGAUGUUCUGAAACAGGGUGGUAGUUCUUUGGAUGCUAUACAAAAAGGUGCAUCAAUUUGUGAGGAGCAACAAUGUGACGGUACAGUUGGGUACGGAGGUAGUCCAGAUGAACAUGGUGAGACUACAUUAGAUGCUCUUAUUAUGGAUGGGAAAACAAUGAAUGUUGGGGCAGUGGGGGCACUCCGUAAGAUUAAAAAUGCAAUUUCAGUAGCCAGAUGUGUUUUGGAGCAUACAAAACAUUCUAUACUUGUUGGAGAGCUGGCAACAGAUUUUGCUGUGGAAAUGGGAUUCAUAGAAGAAAAUUUAAGUACAAUUGAGUCAAAAAAUAUGUGGAAAAAAUGGUAUAACAGGGACAGCUGUCAACCAAAUUUUUGGAUGGAAGUCAAACCGGAUCCUUCUAAAUUUUGUGGUCCAUAUGAAAAGCAAAGUUAUAGACUUUAUGAUAGUGCAUACCAAGUUAUGCAAAUAAGUCGAUUCAAUCAUGAUACUAUUGGCAUGGUAGCUAUUGAUAUUUAUGAUAAUAUUGCUGCUGGAACAUCUACAAAUGGAGCCAAGUUUAAGAUACCUGGGCGUAUUGGUGACUCCCCAAUUCCAGGAUCAGGUGCAUAUGCUGAUAAUUCAGUUGGAGGAGCAGUUGGAACAGGGGAUGGAGAUAUCAUGCUGCGAUUUCUACCAAGUUUCUUGGCUGUAGAAGAGAUGCGACGUGGCGCAACACCUACGGAAGCAUCAAGAAUUGCUAUUAAAAGAAUAGCAGAUCACUAUCCAGACUUUAUGGGUGCUGUUGUAGCACUGUCCAAAGAUGGGGAACAUGGGGCAGCUUGCCAUGGAAUACGCACAUUUCCAUAUGUGGUUCAAGAUGUAUCACGGGAGACAUACGAAAUUAUUCGCAUUGAAUCCUGCACGGUUUGUGCGUCAGCCACAUACAAAUGUAAAGGUAGGGAAACAGGAUAA